UCGAGCGGACUCUAUUCCUCAAAGGACUACAACGUCUAGUCCAGUAUGUUUAGACCAGAGACUUUACGAGAACGUUAGACAUGCAGAAUUAAACAAUCCGGCAUUCACGAGGACAGCUAUGUGUUCUCUUGCUGUUCUCAACGGCUGCCGUAACUAUGACGACAGUUAACGGGACCGACUGUUGAACCGUACCCUUCAUCGACCCACAAUGUCCACGUGACUCUUUGUUGUCCGUUUCAUUUGAAUCGUCCGGAUUGUCUCCGUGUCCUUCGGAGCUCAUGACGUCAGCGAGCUAGCAGGAGCCGAGCGACACCGAGCGGAGCCGAGCGGAGCCGAGUGAGCGACGCGUGUUUACCGGAGUUCCAUCCAUAUCCGCUUGGUCCGCGGGGCAGCGGACCAGCAGCGGACCCAGACUCCCUCUCACCCGCAACACUUCAGCUCAUUCCGGGGGAUCCAGAGGCGUUCAGGCCAGCUGGGAGAUAUCAACCCUCCAGCCGGUCCGGGGUCUUCCCCGGCGUGUUUCCCGGAGCUGUCUGGAGGAAACGUUUCUGAACUCGUGAACAUGUCUAAAGCCCAAAUGCUGAGAGGUUUAGUCAACCAGCGACUCACUGCGGCUGCGCAGGAGAUCUGCGGGCUGUUUGAAAGAACGAUCGCAGAGUACGAGGAGGAACUUUGUAGUUUAAAAGAGGAGAACGAGCGGCACCGGAAGCUGCUGCACGCUGUGUUCAACCCGGAAGUCCGGGUCCAACGAGCAGAAGAUCCAGAGCCCCCCCACAUCAAAGAGGAACAGGAGGACCCAGAGCCCCCCCACAUCAAAGAAGAACAGGAGGACCUCUGGACCAAUCAGGAGGGAGAGCAGCUUCCAGGGCUGCAGGAGGCUGGUAUCAGGUUCUCAGUCUCUCCUGUAAAGAGGGAAGAUGAUGAAGAGGAAGCUCAGUCCUCUCAGCUUCAUCAAAGACAAACUGAACCGAUGGAGACAGAAGCUGAUGGAGCGCAUUGUGGAGGACCAGAACCAGACAGGAAGUUAGAUCCAGGAAGCGAUCCAGGACCAGAUACUGAGACUGAGUACAGUGAUGAUGGGGAGGAGACUCAGGAACCUCAGUCAGAUGAGAACCCUCUGCUAAACAAAGAAGUCCCUGUAAGGGAUGUGAACUGUAGUCCUGGAACUACAUCAAGCAGCUCGCCUGCAUGUGCUGCACGCUCUGACCACCAGGGACAUCUGGAGAAACCCAGCAGCUCCAAAACAGGAGAGAAAACAGCUCAAUGCUCGCUUUGUGACAAAAGAUAUCGAUUCAAUAGUGAUCUAAAGAGACACAUGGCUGUCCACACGGGAGAGAAACGAGCUCAAUGCUCUGUGUGUGGAAAAAUAUUUAGAUACAAUAAUACUCUAAAGAGACACAUGUAUAUCCACACAGGAGAGAAACCGUUUCGUUGUUCAGUUUGUGGUAAAGCAUUUACCCAGAAGGGACACCUGAACAUGCAUAUCACUGUCCACACAGGAGAUAAACCAAUUAAUUGCUCUCUUUGUGACAAAAGAUUUGGAUUCAAUGGUGAUCUAAAGAGACACAUGGCUGUCCACACAGGGAAAAAAGCCUUUCGUUGUUCAUUGUGUAGUCAAACAUUUACACAAAAGGGGAACUUGAACAAUCACAUGACUGUCCACACAGGAGAGAAACCAUUUAAAUGCUCAGUUUGUAGUAAAACAUUUUCAAAAAAGGGAAACUUGAACAUUCACAUGACUGUCCACACAGGAGAGAAACCAUUUAAAUGCUCUCUUUGUGACAACAGAUAUGGAUUCCAUACUGAUCUAAAGAGACACAUGGCUGGCCACAGAGGAAACGCAUUUAGUUGUUCACUUUGUGAUAAAACAUUUCCACAUAAAAGAAGCCUGACCUCUCACAUGAAUAUCCACACAGGAGUGAAAACAUUUAGUUGUUUAGUUUGUGAUCAAACAUUUUCAAAAAAGCCCAAUCUGACACGACAUUUAAUUAUCCACACUCGAGAAACUAAGUAGUCGUGGAGUUCCCUCAACAAGAUUCUCUUGUCUCGGUAAUUUCCAAACAUCUUUGAAGUAUUCCUGAGAGUCUCUGAAAUAAAUCUGGUGAAACCCUUAAGAACUGUCAGGCUGAUCCAGACUCCAACACAAGUGUCUUCAGCGAAGAUGAAGCUACACAUGCGUUUAUAUUCUUUGAUGUGAGUGUCUCUGGUCUUGUGUUUCAUGUGUUAUGUAUUGUCAUGCAUAUAUGAAUUUAAAUAGUUUACAUCGUCAAAGUGUUUCAUGUCCUCACUGGUUUGAGCUGAAUUCUCAUCGGAGAAGAAACUGAGGAACAUUUGUAACCUUUUUCCUCUUCAGUUUAAACUCAAUACUUCAUUUAGUUUGACUGUAGAAACUGACAUUGAGUUCCAUAACUGAAGGACUGAAUUGAGAAAAGGAUUGUGGGUAAUUGCCUCCAUCCUCCUUUCUUCUUCAACAUCAUCCUCUACUGAUCUCCUCUCUUUGAGAUUUAGGGUUCCUUUGUUUUACGGCGUGAAUAUUUGACCUUUUGUUGACCGCUCGUUCUCUUGGAUUCACUCGUGUUGGAACAGCUGUUCAAGUCUUCUGUUGUUGUUGUUUUCUUGGCUCAAACAUUUGGAAAGUUCAGCCAACGUUUCCACCAACAUGACUUCAGUUCAAUGUUGUUCUUCUAUAUUUGUCGUUUUUUAUUCCUAAACUAAAUAUGUGUGUUUGUGAUUAAUGGUUUUUAAUGGAAGUUACAUUCAUAAUUUGCAUGUGAAAGGAAUUGCCUUAAUUUAUGAAAUUUAUUUUUCACUGAUAUGAUGUCCACCCUGUUGCAUCCAGUCCUGAGUUUAUUUAAUGAUAUUUAAAUAAAUGAAAUCAACAAACAUUAA